UCACUCAUUGGGCCGGUUCGGUUCGGGUGCGGGUCUGAUCGGUUGAAAAAAAUGGGUUCGUUUGGGUCUGGGCGGUCGGUUUCGGUUUAGGCUCUGGACCGACCGAUCCGACCGAACCAGAGAAAUACUUAAAAACAACCGAACCCAUCAGCCCACUAUCACUCACCCAGACACCCACGAAGCCCAACUGAAGAGAAGUAAAACUGUGAAGUGUGAACCCUAGCUGCCGUUGAACUCUCACUCUCAUUCUCUCUCUCUCUCACUAAGCGAAUGGAUGUUGCUGCUGCGUAAAAAACCCUAGCGCCGUCGCCCUCCCUCCAUCACUCAUCUUCUCAUCUUCUUCUUUGGUCGUGUUAAAUCCCUGGAAUAAUUUGGCACCCCACCAAGGAAGCAGAUCUGCUCUAGUAAGUUCCACCCUCCUCUAGUAAACAUAUAUGCAGGUGGAGGACUUUUUUAUUUUCUCUAAGGAUCAGUGUGUGUAGUGAUUGUGAGGGUUAGGGUAUUUGAAAAAUUAGAUAUUUGCGGAAACAAUGGUAUAUACAUUCGUUUUUUCUUUCUGCUAUUUCCCUUGGCUGUUGUUAUGUUUCUCAUUUUCUCCCUUCUGUUUGUUUUUUCUCUCUAGCUCGUUUUAUUAGUGGUCUUUUAUACCACUUUAUCUUAUGUACUUUGACUUUGCUGAUGCUUUUCCAACUUUUAGUAAUAAUAUUCUCCUUUGUUUCUAAAAAAACGUGAGCUUCUCAAGUUUUUCCUUAUUUGGGUAGCCAAAAGUUUUUGUCUUGGAACAUUUUAGUUUAAUGGUGACUGUUUUGACGUCUGCAGCUAAGUAUCUUAGCCUACAUGCUAUCUUUUAUUUUCCUCUUUUGCUUUUUUACUAUAAAUUUUUGGUAAAGCUAGCAGAUUUGGGGACUGUUUUACAGAUUAGCCAAAGAUCUUUUAGGAGUUGGUAAUCAAAACAUUGUUAAGAUUAUUGCAGUGUUUUUUCAUGUUAGUAAUCCACUUGGAUAUGCCUAUUUUCUUAUUUUGUGUAAAUUUUAAUGUUAAUUUUUCUUUGGUAAAUGUUAAUUUGUCUUUGGUGAAUGAUACCUUAUACAGUGAUAACAUGAGAUUUCUGUUUCUUAGUCUGUUGCUAUGCUAUUUCUGUUUUUUAUGGGGUGGUUUUAUGAAGUUGUUAAUGAAAAGUACUAGUUCCUUUGUUUUGCAAAGUGUGUUUCUAAUUUUCUAUUUUAUUUAUGAAUCACUUUUGUUAACCUUUUUGUGUUAUUUGUGAUAUGGGACAGUCAUGGAGCAGCCUAAUCAAAAUUUGCCUAACAUAGUGCCUGAACAAACAAUAGGAGGUCGUGGAGAUCAGCCGAUUAACCAGCCAGCCGUUGCAAUUGAAGCUGGUGGAGCUGAGCCUGCUAGAGCUGAACCAGCCCUUCCUCCUAUUCCAGAAACUCGUAAGAAGAGGAAGCCAAAUGCAAGUGGUUCUAGAAAACAAUCACCCUCAUGGGACCACUUCACGAGAGUGCCUGAUCAUGAAGUUCAAGAUCCCACUGCUGCAUGUAAUUAUUGUGGUAAGAGAUAUCUCUGUGAUUCUAAGAUUCAUGGUACAUCAAAUCUGGGUGCUCAUACUAGAGUUUGUCCCAAAUAUCCUUAUGCUGUUAUCAAUGACUCUAGUCAAACAGUCCUAUCUUUUAAGCCAGGAGAAGGUAAUGAUAUGGUUGCAGCGAGUCAAAGGUUCAAUCUUAAAGCAUGUAGGAAUGCAGUUGUCAUGUUUGUUGUCUUAGAUGAGCAUUCAUUUUCAAAAGUUGAGGGUGAUGGGUUUAAGAUUUUGUGUAGAACACUACAGCCACAAUUUACUGCCCCUUCAAGGCAAACAGUUGCUAGGGAUUGUUUCCAACUAUUCCUAGAUGAAAAAGUGAAGUUAAAAAAAUUCUUUAGAACUGAGUGUAGGAGAGUUGCCCUUACCACUGAUUGCUGGACUUCUUGUCAAAACACUGGUUAUUUGACCUUAACUGCUCAUUUUAUUGACAAUGAGUGGAACUAUCAAAAGAGAAUCAUUAGUUUUGCCGAAGUUAUCAACCACAAAGGGGAUACCAUAGGUAGGAAAAUAGAAGAGAUUUUGAGGGAUUGGGGACUAAGGAAUGUUUCCACUAUCACAGUUGAUAAUGCCUCAUCAAACGAUGGUGCUGUGUCUUAUUUAAAAACAAGAUUGAAAAACUUCAAUGGGCUUGUGUUAGAUGGACAGUUCCUCCAUAUGAGGUGUUGUGCUCACAUCUUGAACUUAGUAGUAAAUGACGGGUUGGUAGACCUCAAUUCCUCCAUUAAUAGCAUUCGAGGUGCUAUUAGGUUUGUGAGGUCUUCAUCACAAAGAAAAAAUAAGUUUAAGGAGUGCAUCCAAUUUUCCAAUAUUUCCUCCAAAAAACUUGUGUGCCUUGAUGUUCCAACUAGAUGGAACUCAACAUAUCUAAUGCUAGAUGCUGCGGAGAAGUUGCAAGUUGCAUUUGAAAAGAUUGAGUUUGAGGAUCGUAACUAUGUUCUGCACUUUGACAAACCUCUAACUCCCCCUAAGAGUAUUGAUUGGGAGAAUGCAAGAGCAUUUGUAAGAUUUCUUAAGAUUUUUUAUGAUGCCACCAAAAUUUUUUCAGCAUCUGUGCAUUUAAGUAUCCAUACUGCCUUUCAUCAACUCUGUUUCAUUUAUACUGAAAUCCUAAAUUGUAUUGCGAGCCCAAAUCCUGUGUUGAGUAAAAUGGGUCAAGAAAUGAAGAAGAAGUAUGAUAAAUAUUGGGGUAAUGUUGAAAAUAUGAACCAGCUUCUAUACUUCGGUGUGAUUCUUGACCCCCGUAACAAGUUGACGUAUGUGGAGUGGUCUCUUAGAGAGAUGUAUCCUGAUAACCCGAAUUUGGUGAGGCUCUUGUCUGAAAGUAUCAAGGAAAAUCUGGGUAGAAUGUACUCUUGGUAUUUGGCAGCACAUGAGCAGUCUAUUAGGGGUAAACAACAGGCUAAUGAAGAAAGUUCAGGUGGAGACAAACCUGUUGCUGCUGAAGCGCCAUCACACGUGGCUAGGAGAGCUGCCUUUUUACAACAUUUGAAGGAAAAAAAUUCAAUUGAGGAAAGAAAUGAGCUGGAAAGGUAUUUGGGUGAAGCUAUUGAGAAGUCGGAAGAAAAAUUUGAUUUACUUUUGUGGUGGAAACAUAAUAGCUCUCGAUUGCCCGUAUUAUCAAUGAUGGCUAGAGAUGUUUUUGCCACACCUGUUUCCACUGUGGCAUCAGAGAGUGCUUUUAGCGCUGGUGGUAGGGUCAUUGACAUAUUUAGAAGCUCUCUUUCCGCAGAAAUGACAGAAGGACUAAUUUGUACUCAGAAUUGGUUGAGGCCUUGUCGCUUCCAAUUCAAAGAUCUUGAUUUGAGUGAUGAGCUUGAAGAAUCUGAAAACAUUGUGGCUGAAUUGCUAAAACUUGCUGGAACAACAAUUGGAGAUGGAGAUGAUGGUCAAUCAUCUCAAUCACAGCCUAUGCGCUGUGAUUGAUAAUUUAUUGAAGUUUCUAUGACUUUUUUGGCUUUUUUGGAGUCUUGUAUAAGACAUGACUCACUUAACCUGUUUGCAUGACAAUCAAGAGUCUUUUUGGGAACCUGAUUUUGGAUCUCUAAAGACAUCACUCAGUUGUAGGCCGCAUUGCUGGAUUUGUCUCUUUUAGUGCAAUACUUCAUUUUCCUUGUUGAGUUUAAACAUCCCCAUUUGUGGAAGCUGUUGCAAGUAAGGAACUCCAUCUUCAAGCUGGAAUGUAAAGAUGAAUUAGGUUGGCCAUGAUGCUUAUAUUAACCAGCAAAGCACUGAUUCUGGGGGCGAGAAUGACUUGGCUUCAAUUCUUUUAAGCAGAUGUUCUGUGAUCAUACUUUCAUGGAACUGUCUUUCAUGGAAGCUGUCCAAGGGUGCACCAAUAUUGGCAUUUCAAACAGAGGCUCUUUGCAAUACUUGUGAUGGAAGGUAUGAAAUUGGCUGGGCUUGCAAUGGAAAAAACAAGGAACAAUGAAAGUGACACUUGGAGAUGAAGAAGGAACAAUCUAGUGGCCUUGUUGAAGGAGGCUUACCAAAUAUCCAACUGAUGUCUUUAAAUCAUUUGUGGCACUGAAAAAACUAAUGCCAUGCUAUUUGAAUUUAUAAUUGUAACUAUUUUUAAGUACAUUCCUUGAUUGCAGCAGGUUGUGGAACUAAUGAUCCAUUAUUACCUUGUUUAAAAUGUUUCUAUGCUCUUUGAAUUUGUAACUAUUAUUAAGUAAAUUCCUUGAUUGCAGCAGGUUGUGGAACUAA